AUGGAAAAUCAACAGCAACCGUCUACGACAUCUCUUUGCCGGAAUGGGUGUGGAUUCUUUGGAUCGCAGGCCAACGAAGGUUUAUGCUCUAAAUGUUUCAAGGAUUCUAUCAAGCGUAAUCAGGAUACAGCCAGGUUGUCUCCAAAUGAUGAGUAUGACCGUAGUGGCUGGUUUAUCGGCGAGUGUGUGCCGUAUCGAUUGGUUGCGGACUCGCUAUGUGGUCUAAUGGAGAGCGAGCGCGUUCCUAUACCUAUGACUGCUUCAUCGUCAACUCUAAUCUCCGACUGCCCAAUGACUGAGCCUCCUGCGCAGACAUGUGCACAAGCAGCGCACGCUGCCAGUGAUGUUACUGCCAAACUUGAAAGCGCUGAAGCGAUUGCUGAAAGUCAACCAGAAACGAGUUGCGUCGUCAACACCGAGUCUGCUUCCGUAUCGGUCGAUACCGGUGCUACUGUGAAAAAAGCCAACCGUUGUCAAAUGUGUAAGAAGAGGGUUGGACUUACUGGUUUUACAUGCCGUUGUGGAGGACUAUAUUGUGGCGAUCAUCGUUAUGAUCAAGCGCACAACUGUUCAUUUGAUUACAAAACCAUGGAACGUGAGGAAAUUCGCAAGAACAAUCCUGUCGUCGUCUCGGACAAAAUUCAACGAAUCUAG